AUGUCCCUCAACAUCCUAGAAAAGACCAACGAACAAGAUGAUCCGUCAUCUGAUUUGGACAUUUCCUCGUUCAUACAUAGGAGGCUCGGCGCUUGGGAUUUGUAUAUCAAACAAGAUUCUUGGUCUUGGUUGGCGCUAUUCACGGCGCCGCUCGGGUCUCUUAGCACUCUGUCCACCCAUCAACAGGAUCUGAUGUACGUCAUGAGGACAUUACGCGAUCUAUGGUCGAUAUCAAGUGGCUACAUCGUGCUUUACUUUCUUGUCCUCGUUCCGAACAUGUUCCUCCCAUCUAUCAGUUUAUGGUACUCCGGGCAGCUGAUCAAGCAAGUCCAAAUCACCAUUGAAACUCGCGAGUUCUUGCAAGAAGAGCUAUUCAACACCAUCUACAUGAAAUUCGCAUGCAGCGUUCUGGAAUUGAUCCUCAAAUCCGUUGCAGAGAAGGCGGAGAGUAUGCUGCAAUUACGUACUCGGAGGGUAUACACUGCCCGCACGAUCCGGGCAAUGUCACGUUUAGAUAUCCCUACCGCUUCGGAUCCCAUCGUUCAGUCCAAGCUCGCGCAGCUGGGAGGAUCGGCCUUUACUUCCGGCACAUCUACGCACUUUACUUCUGCGACGGCGGCGGUCGACGUUCUGUCGCAGUCUAUGGCGAUAGUCAGUACAGUCAUCAACCUCAGCUCUCAAGUGGGAGUUCUUUUCGUCGUACUACGCGAUCAGCCAGACGGUGCUGCCCUUGCUGCUACCACAGCGGUGCGCUAUGGACUCUCGCUUUUGUAUUCAGAUUCGUUCUUUGGUAUCGCCAAACGCACCUGGGCAGCCACAACCGAAAACGAUGCGUACAUUCGGAUGAUGGGCUUGUAUAACAGCAUCUGCUACACUAAACAUCGUCAAGAGAUAUACACGAACAACUUGGCGACUUUCAUGGCUGAUGAGUUCCAGGCACUCCAAGAUCAACUCGGCGAUGUCGACUCGCAGCCAUUUUGGGACUUGCGCCAAGACCUAUUUGGUUCGGGAACUACUAUGAGCCAGCUUCGCGCUCUCUUGGAUAGUGCAUUUAAGGAACUACCCAAAGGCGUCUUCAUGCUUCGGGCCAUACGCACGCCGCUCUCCAUCCCCGUGUCCAUGGCGUCGCUAAACGUCGUCGAACAGUCGACCUCUUCCUUUUUACAACGCUUCGUUCACAUGCGCUAUCAGCUAUACCAGCUUUCCAACAGCAUGAGGAGUUUGAGGGUGCUUUACGAGAUCGAGGUCGUCGAUAACACCGUCACCGAUGGCAAGCUCCCGUAUCCCGAGAAUACGCAGAGUCUGCGAUCUGGCAUCUCCGUUGAGUUCUGCGACGUAUCUUUCAUGUACCCAGGCAAGGAUAUAUAUGCGGUACGGAACGUAUCUUUCCGUGUUGAGGCGGGACAACUUUGCGUCAUUGUCGGCACGAACGGUUCGGGUAAAAGCACCCUCCUGAAGCUCCUAACGCGCGUGUACGAUGUUACCGAGGGCCAAAUCCUUAUAGAUGGCAGAGACAUCAAAUCGCUGAAGUUGCAUGAUCUGCAUCGCGCUUUAAGUGUCCUAUACCAAGACUACACUCACUUCCAGCUUUCUCUCCGUGACAAUAUUGCGAUAGGUGACCCCGAAAACGCCGGCGACGACGACCGCGUUCGGGAGGCCGCGCGCCUGAGUGGCGUGGAUUCGAUCGUCGACAAGCUUCCAGAAGCUUAUGGGACAUAUCUUCAUCGCCCAGUACAGGACGUAUAUAAUAAUAUUCCUUCAGGCGUCCAGAAGCUUUUCGGUCGCGAAACCACGUUGAGUUCGGGGAUGGGGAUUGGUAAACACGAUAAAACAGACACUUGGCUUAGCGGUGGACAAAUGCAAAAACUUGCGGUGGCUCGUACAUUCAUGCGCUCCUUACCAGAUGACCCACGCGUGGGUCUUCUUCUCUUCGACGAACCGAGCGCGCAUCUCGAUCCAAGGGCAGAAUAUGACCUCUUCGCACGUCUACGUACCCUGCGUGGUGAGAAGACCAUGUUUUUCUCGACCCAUCGCUUCGGAAAUCUGACCCGCCAUUCCGACCUGAUCUUAUACAUGCACGAUGCCGCGAUAAUAGAGGCUGGGACGCACGAGCAGUUGCUUGACCGAGGCGGACAGUAUGCAGAGCUAUGGAAGCUCCAAGCUCACGCCUUCAUGUAG